AGUAUAAAAACAAAAUAAAAAGGGUGACACUUCAAUUGUUACCUACUCCUUACGUACGGUAUAAUACAAUCCAAAAAAAAUACGAAAUUCAUUUCCCCGCAACCGACGGCGGCAGCUUCCUCAUGAGUAUUCGCCCUGCUUUUCACGGCGGCGCCGGAUCGUCGAAUUCACCGCCUUCUACUCCUCCGCCCAGCGCCGCCCCGCCGCGAAUCGGAGACUUCGAUCCGGACUUCGUCGUCAUCCUCGCCGCUCUUCUCUGCGCAGUAAUUUGCGCCCUCGCCUUAGCCGCCCUCGCUCACUGCGCCUGGAUCCGCCGGAUCUCUGGCCGAGACGCCGCCGCAUCGCCGCCGCAUGCCAACAAGGGACUGAAGAAGAAGAUCCUCAAGUCGCUCCCCAAGGUCCGCUUCUCGCCGGAGCUCGCCGCCGAAUUCUCCGAGUGCGCCAUUUGCCUGGCGGAUUUCGCCGCCGGAGACGAGCUCCGGGUGCUCCCGCAGUGCGGUCACGGGUUCCACGCCGGAUGUGUCGACACCUGGCUCGGAUCUCACUCUUCGUGUCCGUCUUGCCGACAGCUCCUGGUGCCGCCCCGGUGCCAGAAGGGCGGCGAAUCGCCGGCGGCGACAUGUUCGCCUGUCGAUUACUUAGCCGACACCAGAUUUGCUCCCAAUAGUGUUUAUCACUCUUCGAUCUGAUUGGGUUUGAUCCAAUGUUGGACUAAUGAAGAGCCCUACUUGCAUGCAUGUUGGCAAUUCAAAUUGCUUCUUGGUGUUGUGUUUUUGACAUCACUUGAUUAGCUUUUGGAUGUUGACAUUGUAAAUCAUAUUUUGGCAUUUGACAUUAAUUUUGAUUUUAUGCAGUGUGGCGUAUAUAUAUAGUUGGGACUUGGGGUUUGGUACUAUACUACUAUGGGA